AUGGUCCUGGAACUCCAUACCUGGGGCCCAGCGUUCGGUCUACCUUCGAUCGACGCUCAAUGCCUGGCAACCAUUGCCUAUUUCACCUUUGCUCUUCCUAAAACUUGUUCUCAGGAGUGGGUGUUGGUGCCAGAUAGUGAUCCCAAGAUUGUUCCUACGAAUGAACUACCGGCGGUAUGGACGGGUUCGAGAUGGGUUACUGGUUUUCGGAACAUCGUGGAGUUCUUGAAGCAAUAUUCGGAUGGAGAAUGGGAUUUAGAUCAGUGGACAAGUCCUAGCGAACAGGCGGAUUGCGUUGCAUUCUCGUCGUUCCUCGAACUUCACGGCCAGUCGCUCAUCGACCUCUCCCUCUAUGUUUCCAGUGAAAACUACCACUCCGUCACGUCGCCUGCAUACGGGACUCUUCUCCAGUGGCCGAACCAAUGGAUUAUCCCUCCGCAGGUGCGAUCGCAGGCCAAAGCUAGGACCGAGCACCUCGGUUUAUCGUCAUUGGAUCUAGAUGUGGUGGAAGAGGAACGGCAGCAAGGAAGGGAUGCAACCGCUCUCGCCGCUGGACAGAUACCGAAGAGUCUGGUGACGAAGCCGCGACAGACAGUGAGCGGCUUGCUGGAUAAAAACUUCGCAAAAGUCCCGGAUCCGAUGGGAAGGGAGUGUUUCGGAGGCCGAAUAGACGCCGUUACAAUGCUUCGUGACCCCCAAACUGGACCUGCUUCACGGCUCCCAUGGCAAGUGCCUCAGAAGAUCAGUUUCGGAAGCAUUGGGCUGCGAAUUCUUGAAGGGAUUGCAGACGCGAUUCCGGUUGUCAAAGAUAUCCGUUUCAGCAGGCGACUGCGACAAAUGAGCCAGGAGAAGUCACCCGACGCGGGGGAAGUCACGGCCCUAGCUGAGACUUACAAACGAGAGGCCUUGACGUCUGCGGCAACAGUGACUUUUGGACUUGGGAUGUUUGUGUUCUACCUCUUCAAAACCGGGCUCAUUCAGGUGGACUUGAAAACAGAAGACGAGCAAACUGAGCAUGACGGAUCUCACAGCGAGGGACACGGCGAAACACCGUUGGCUUUUGGGGAGGCUGGCAGCUUUCUUGGGCUCUGA